CUUGCCAUAGUCGCGUUGUCCCGCACGAGAUCUCGUUCCUUUCAGCGAGCUCUUCUCGCCGCACCACAAGCUUGUCACCAAAGAUGGCGAUUUGCUGAGGUCUCAUGGAUACACAUAUUUCUCGACUAGUUGUUGAAACGCCGACUUUAACAACAAAUUAACUGCUUAGAAAGCACAUUUUUCUCCUUUUGAAGCACAUCUGACAUAACGUCAGCCACCGCUACCAUGCAGAUUACACUUAAAACACUGCAACAGCAGACUAUUCAGAUUGAGAUAGACCCCGAACAAACGGUGAAGGCCUUGAAAGAGAAGAUAGAAGCAGAAAGAGGAAAAGACAACUUUCCUGUAUCUGGACAGAAACUGAUAUACGCUGGAAAAAUCCUGCAAGAUGACACACCUAUAAAGGACUACAAAAUUGAUGAGAAGAAUUUUGUUGUAGUGAUGGUGUCCAAGGCUAAGCCUGCAGCUGCCACUUCACCCCCAGUCUCAGAAGCACCCAAGCCCCCUAUACAGGACUCUGGCUCCAUGCCAACAGCUGCCCCGGCCACAACCCCAACUUCAGCUCCAGCUCCAGCCCCAGCCCCAGCCCCCGCCCCAGUCUCAGCAACUACCCCAGUUCCUCCAGAGGAGGCCAAAGAAGAGCCAAGUCCUGCAACCACAGAACAACAACCAGCCAGCUCCAGUGGCGGUAGCCAGGGCUUGGAUGCCUCCUCAACACUUGUGACUGGAGCAGAGUACGAGGUGAUGCUGACAGAGAUCAUGUCAAUGGGCUACGAAAGGGAGCGAGUGGUGGCUGCACUACGCGCCAGUUUCAACAACCCUCACAGAGCCGUGGAGUACCUUCUCACCGGGAUCCCCAGCAGCCCAGUCCAGGAGAGUAAUCCUCCAGCACAGGCCCCCACAUCUGGACCCACAGAAGCGCCAUCUUUAGCAGAGGGAGACAACCCACUGGCCUUCCUGCGGACCCAGCCCCAGUUUCUGCACAUGAGACAGGCCAUCCAGCAGAAUCCUGCUCUGCUACCAGCUCUUCUCCAGCAACUAGGCAGGGAGAAUCCACAGCUUCUACAGCAAAUCAGUCAGCAUCAGGAGCUCUUUAUCCAGAUGCUGAAUGAGCCAGUGGGGGAGGGGGGAGAAGCACCAGAGGCUGGGGGGGUGGGGGCAGCAGGGGAGGAGGGGGGGGAGGAGGGCGCACCUGUCAACUAUAUCCAGGUUACACCUCAGGAGAAGGAAGCCAUCGAAAGGUUAAAAGCGUUGGGUUUCCCUGAGGCUCUGGUGAUCCAGGCCUACUUUGCCUGUGAGAAGAAUGAGAACCUGGCAGCCAACUUUCUCCUCAACCAGGGACUGGAGGAUGACUGAACAGCGAUCUCUGCCUUCCUGCUCCUCCCUCCUACCCUUCCCCUCUUCAGCUCAGCAUACAGACUGCACCCCCAAUUUUACUGUACAGCUAACCAACCUCAGCUCAACCCAACAGGAGGGGAGGAGAGGGGAGAGCCAGCGGUGGGAUAGAAAGGGGAGACGGGGGUGGGUUAGGUCAUGUGCGGGGUUGCACGCUCAAGUACACCAAGUGGAGGUUGUGUGCAGGAAGGUCAGACUCGGAUCAUCGGAGGUCGGGGUGAAAAAAGUGCGGCAGAAUUCUAAUAUCCACAUGAAUUCCAAUGGAAUGUUCGGGGUUUGUCUAGGGGAGAUCUAUCAUUUGAUUUUAGACGCGCUUUGUGAACACUGGGGAGGGGAGCGACUGGGGGUGAAGGGUUUGCGAUGAGAGUGUGUGUUUGCCUGUUUGAGUUACAUGUGUGUGCCUGUGCAGAUGGAUGCGAUACAGUUAAGCUGAAAAAGUAAUCAAUUUGCAUUCUCUAAGUUUGUUAAUGCUGUAGCUGGAUUGUACGGAAGCACAUCCUCCUUGCUGCACUCGGACAAUGUUAACAGUGCGUGUAACUGCUAGUGUGUACCUCUGUAAGCCUCGUGUGUACAUCCCAGAAUGAAAUCGGCACAGAUGGACUGGAGCAUGGCCUCUGUAUGUGUCUGACAUGAUGUUGCUGUGGUCUGUCAGUCUGUUCUGUUCACUUCAUACCACCUCUCAUCUGUUCCUGCCAGUCAGAUCCCCUGCACAUGCUGUGCCUGCCUAUUUAAGUUGUCUCAAAUGUGGAACUAUUCGGUCUGUGCUGGUAGCUUCAGGUGCUAAUUAAUGCUGCCAAGAAAAAAAAUGUAAUUAUUAGUAUUUAAUUAUUAGUAUUUGCAGAUACAGUAGCAGGUAUGUUCAGAGCUCUAUUACUGAUCAGCACUAUGCUACCCAACCCCCAGUUAAUCAUAAGCAGGACCUUUUUACUAACAACAGUCCACAUUCUUUCUUGUAUAGCUCCUUUAGUUUGCCAAGGGUCGACUCACUUUAAGUGGGAAGACAUUUCUUUAACUAUUUCACCAAAACAAUUAAAAGGCCACACUUGAAAUCUUAGAUGUUGUAUGCAAUCAUUCCCCCUCCGACCCGCAGCUAAAUCGACAGGUUCUGCUUGUUAAGGUCUAAACUGCCUGGCAUGUGGUUUUAACAGUGCCGCAGGACCAUGCAUUUCUUCUUCUGGUCAAUUAUAACGGUCCCAAAAAUGGAUAUAUAACAAUAUACUGUUACUAUCAUAAUUGCACUGACUUGUCCCGCACGUCUAGCAAAGCAUAUUUCUUGCCUUCAGAAAACUUGAGGGAAAGAACCUCGACUAUCUACCGUUUCUUAUAGAAUAAACGCAUUGUACCUUAAUCUUCCCAACCAGAGGUAAGUCAUAGCUGGAAAAUUAAACUUUUUGAAUUGAUUAAAUCAGAGAUCUAACAAAGCCUAGAUUCAAUUCUGAAUGAUAGAUUGACGAUUAACUUUCCUGCGACUGUCUAAACCUUCUGGCACUCCAUGUGCUGCCUUGCCUUAAAUGGCUAAUGCUGCCAUUUGGGCUCAAUUUUAGAUAAGUGUGGAUAUACUGUUAACAGGUAGUUGGCCUUCAUAGUCUCAUGGGCAGAUUACUGAAUUGGCCUGAUGGGCUAAAACUGUAUAAAGAGACUAUUUAUUGUUGGAACUGGCAUAAAAUAGAGCAGCGUGCCUACAAGGAGA